CCAGGAAGCGCAGGGUCUAUGUAGCCGCCUCGUCCGCAGCCGCCGCCGCCAUGCAUUGUGGGGCAGCGGCAGCAGAUCCAAGAUGGCGGCCAGCAGGAGGCUGAUGAAGGUAACAUCCGAGAGCUCGCCCGCCGGGCAGGGCCGGGGCGGGGUGGGGAGCGGCGGGAGGCUCUUCGCGGGCCGGCCGGCGGAGGAGAGCGGUCCCUUCCCGGCUCUCGAAGCCCCCGCUCCCCCGCUUUCCCCUUUUCCCCCCGGCUCGGGCCGCCGGAGCCGCUUCCGCUUCGCUCUUCCCUCUCUCUUUUUUCGCCUCCUCCGCCGGCGCCUGAGGGAAGCGUAGGCCUCGGCUCCCGAGAGCGCCUCGGGAAGGGGCUGCAGGCCGGCGGCGGCGGCGGUAGCGGAGGCUUCUCCUCCGCCUCUUCCCUCCUCACACCGGCGGCCGCGGCCCGAGAAGGGGCUCCCGCGGUGACUAAGCAAAGGGCGGGAUGGCGGCGCCAGUGACCGCCUUCUCCUCGCUCCGGGCAACCCGCGUCCAUUGGGGCGUCUCCGGGUUGGGGGAGCUCGGGGGCCCCUCCGUCCAAGCCCGCCCACCCCACUCGCCGGGCCGGGGAGGAGGGAAGGCGGCGAGCCCAGACCCCGCUUCGGAUUCGGGGCGGAGUGUCGCCGGGAGUGGGAGGAGGUGGGUGGUGGCUUCCGACGCUACAAAAGAGGAGACUCUUUCGAAGUCGGUCCUUUGUGGGAACUGUGGAGGGGGGAAAAAUAAAAAAAAUAUAUCGUUAUUUUUGAUCCAGUAGGCCGUGUGGGGUGGAUCUCUCUUUUCCUUUUUAAAAUAAGAAUGGGAAUUCUUCCACGUUUCUCGCCAUCUCCCUCUCUUGAGUAAUCUGAAAACGGGUUCAAAAGUCACUUCAGGUGGGGAUGGCUUUGCUGCCUCCUUCCUUUUUGCCCCUUUUCCCGCGGCCUUCCUUCAAAAAGCCUUCAGAUCUUCCAAAGUUUCUUCUUCAGGCACGGGAUCAAAGCGGUGGCUUUUUAUUUGGUUCUGGGGUUAUGUAAGGAAGGAGAUCUCUCCCCCCCUCUCCAACUGGCAAGGAUGGGCAACAAAAGAGGAUGGGUGGGAGCUUUGGAAAGCAUGUGCCACAAUAACGGCUUGGCGUAUACUUGGGAGUAAGUGUGACUACGUUAAGUGAGUUUGCAGCCCAAAUCGGUUAGGCUUUUUAAGAUGACACAUAUCCUGUGAAUUAGUUUCGUUUUGCCCCGACAACGGAUUAACACUGUACUAGUCCAGAGGAGGCUAUGUUGUUCCCCUGGAGUGAUACAGUCAUAUCUAGGAUGAGAGAGUGACGUUUGCUCCACAGCCUUCAUAAACACAGAUUAAAAGCUGUUCUGCAUAUUCAUCAUCAGUUUUUGCGUCACUAUUAACGCAUUCCUUUCACUAACUCAUAUAGUUUACAUCCAGAUACGGCUUUUGCAGCUGUUGUAGCAUGACAGAUUGUAUUAUAAUUGCGCUGCAAUAUUUGACGGAAAAAGGUGCCCCUUAUGAAUUUAUCACAAGUUCAUCAAAUUCCCAUUAGUGGCAAGCUUCAUCAUAGAAGAGGCAUUUCUCAUUUUGUUUUUCACAAGAGGGAAUGCCUCUUCUAAGAUACCUGUCAUGAAUAAAAGUUGGUUUUGUUUUGCUUAAGAGAUUCUUAAUCAUAAACCUGAAGGAGCAUAUCCACCCCGCUUGUUCAGCUCAGACACUGAGGUCCAGCGCCGAGGGCCUUCUGGCGGUUCCCUCGCUGCAAGAAAUGAGGUUACAGGGAACCAGGCAGAGGGCCUUCUCGGUAGUGGCGCCUACCCUGUGGAAUGCCCUCCCACCAGAUGUCAAAGAAAUAAACAACUAUCUGAUGUUUAGAAGACAUCUGAAGGCAGCCCGGUUUAGGGAAGUUUUUAGUGAGUGAUGUUUUAAUGUAUUUUUAAUAUAUUGUUGGAAGCCACCCAGAGUGGCUGGGGAAACCCAGCCAGAUGGGCAGGGUAUAAAUAAUAAUUUGUUGUUGUUGUUCUGUGCAUAUGUAAUUAGUUAUAUGGCAUUUAGUCAAUGAACUAUGUUUAUAAUUGGGUACAGGCAUAGUAAGGUUGCUUUCUAAUUUAUUUGGUGAGUAAAGUUUACUGUCCAGAACUUGGGAAAUGUGUGGACAAUUGAAUAAAUUAUGUCAUUGAAAUUGUUUUAAUUCUUCUUAGGUGCUGACUGGGAACAGAUUUCACUUGGAAAGCUCUUACAACUGAAUAUAAAUCCUAACGGUUUUACCAUUUGUGUAAUCAGUUUUUACUGUCAGCAUGGCUUUAAGCUUAUAUGUAAAGCAAAAGUUGGGGUGGGUUCUUGUUUCAAGAAAUAACCUGUUCUUUUAAUUUAAAAAAAAAUACUUAAAUCCACUCUCUCUGUAUUGAUAUGCCAGAAAUAAUAGUCUUGUACUUUUAGAGGAAGAGUGAACCGCCCUGAGGUAUAUGGGUCUAGGGGGGAUACAAGUUCAACAAAUAAUUAUAAUACGAGUAUCUAUUUUUCCUUGUCAUCCCACCCGCACCACCCAUCUGUCCUUAAACCAGUUAUUUGCAUGUUUUUGACUAAUAGUAUGCAGUUCCUAAAAAGUUUAAGAGCCAAAUAUAUGAAUAGUGACCAAUCUGCACAGGAGAGAGUGCAGGACUUCCAGUGUAUUUUUUGAACCCAUACCUGUGCUGGUAGGAUUUACACACGUAAUUAUAAUAUUGGUGUUUUAGACCUGUAGAGAUUGUAACUAGAGCUGUAGUUCUCAAGCUGUUUGCUGCAUAAGGUAAAUAAGGAAUUUUGGACAAAAUAUAACAUGCAGCUCUCCAGCAUACGAUGCUGGUCUUGAUGCUGUCUACCAGGAUGGGCAAAUUCUUGCCCUAGGACUGCUUGCAGCCUUCUGCCUAAGUGUAGUUGUGUGAUGAAUCUGGAAAGAGAUGUGGAAACUGGGGUGGGGAUAUGCUUAAAUGGAGCAAUGAAAGUAGGGGGGGGAUCUCUCUUGUCAGUGAUUAUUUCAGGCCUCUUGCAAAAGAGAUCUAUCUCCUCUUAACCCCCUACCUGGUAGCACACUAGAUGGAGAGGAAAAGGAGGAGGGAGAGAAGGGUGUGGCAGAAAGCUGGAAUAACAUAGGCCUUGCUCAAAACUGGUUGUGGCCCUUCACACUCCUGACAGGUGGCCCUCAGUGGAUUACCCCUAAGGGAACAUGGCCUUUGACAGAAAAAAGAAAAAGAAGGUUCCCUACCCUUGCUGUAAGCCUGAGCUACUGAUGUUAAUGAUAUAGAUGUACAGAAUGCUGCCAGCAUGUAUAUACGUUUGUGUGUUAAUCUUCGCUCACCGCCCAUGCAUAUCUGUUUGCUAUAGCAAAGGUGGUGGUGUAAUCAGCAUUUCCUUCUGAAGAAGGCCAAGAAAGGACAUUAUUCGUUAUUGAAAAGGAAAGUGAAACUUUCAGACUUAUAUCUGAAAUGUUCCCCUCCAUGGUCUGUUCUUUGCUUAGUCUACUUCUCAGUUUAAUAAUAUUUGAAUGAAGCACAGAUUAAAAAUGUAGUUUUAACCUAAGUUGCUUUUAAUCUAUAUACUCUAUUAGAAGUUAUUAGUAAAUUGCCAAUUAUAUUCCUCACUGGUUCUAAAACUUAAACAUGGCUCAUUUAAUGUUGAUUUCAGUGAGAGCUUCACAGAAUAAUAAUUAUCCGGUACCGUAUUUUGUAUCUGAGCCAUGAACCACUUUGUCUAUAAGGAACCCCUCCUUUAUGUUUAUUUAAUUCUACUUGUAUUUACCACUACUAGUCUGAUAUUAGGUUUUGAUCUAAAAUAAUGUUUCCAUAAUAUGAGAUAGCAUCAUGGCAGCGUAAAGCAGUAGAAAUUCUGGGGACUGUGUGUCCUUUUAUUGACUGGCUUCUGUAAUUUGUCAUUCCCUCUAUUUUUAACUUGGUGGGCUACAGGUUCCACAACCCUGAAUUAGAUCUGGGCAUAUAGAUGAGAAUUAGGAUUUUACAAAAGUAAAUGUUGAAUCUGAAAGAAAAGAAAAUAUUAUAAUAAACUUCCUGUCUGUUACAAGAGUUAUCUUAUAUAUAUCUUUUAUAUAGUAUUUUGAAACAGACAGUUACUGAUGAACUACUAAGAACUAUCUACAGAAACUGAAAUAACUGGAAUUUAUUGGAAAGCAGAGAUUCUCAGGCCUUGUCAUAGCAAACCUUUCCCCAUGGUAAAAUAUUUUUAAGAUACAGUGGUGCCUCGCAAGACGAAAUUAAUCCGUUCCGCGAGAGUCUUCGUCUAGCGGUUUUUUCGUCUUGCGAAGCAAGCCCAUUGACGGAUUAGCGCUAUUAGCGGUUUAGCGGCUAUUAAAGGCUUAAAGGCUUAGGGGAUUAGCUGCUAAAAGGCUAUUAAAGGCUAUUAAAGGCUUAGCAGAUUAGAUACAGGGGGGGAAUAGCGAAAAACAAUCUCACGACUCGCAAGGUAUUUUCGUCUUGCGAAGCAAGCCCAUAGGGGAAUUCGUCCUGCGAAGCAACUUCAAAACGGAAAACCCUUUCGUCUAGCGGUUUUUCCGUCUUGCGAGGCAUUCGUCUUGCGGGGCACCACUGUAAUUUAAAUAGGGUGAUUACAUAUUCAGACAGUUAGGUGGUUGACAGAAGUAAGUAAAUGGAAUAUAAACAUUAAGAAUUGCCUUUUAGAGCAUUUCCAGGAUAUAUUUUAGUAGAAGGGGUGGGGAAUCUGUGGCACCCCAGAUGUUGUUGGACCUCCAGCUUCCAUCAUUCUUUGCCAUUGGCCAUUCUGGCUGCAGUUAAUGCUGCCUGGGUAAUACUCCUGCUUUAAACAGUGAGUGGACAUCUGAAACCUGGUUUUACAUGGAAUCUAGAGCUCUCUCCUCAAGUUUAUACUUGUGUUUAGAAGUUAAUUCAUUUUCUGAACACUAAAUGGAAGUGGAGUCAUCAUUUCCCACCCUACCCUAGAGUGAGCUCAUCCAUUGCUAUUUCAAUAGCUUCAUGGCAGGUGAUUGUCUUAAGUGCAGCUUGUGUCUGUUGGAAGUGGUCUGUAACUGGUGGUAAGCCAGACACACUUCUGAAGUUUUGAAUGUUUUUAUUGUCUUCCAUAAACACGGUUUUAACAAUGAGUCCGUAAGUGACUGUGGAGGCCAGUUCUGGAUCCACACGUCCUUCCACAGUGGGGACAUUGGUUUCCGGGCGGGAGUUGAUCACAGUGUGGAUUUGCCAAGCAUGCCUUCCUCUUAGCACAUUUCUCCCUUUGUCCUGAGUUUGAGUGUCUUCAAAGGCCGUGACACCUUUGGUAAAGGCUGCUCUCCAACUGGAGCGCUCGCAGGCCAUUGUUUUCCAGUUGUCAGUGUUUAUGCUACAUUUUUAAAGAUUUGCCUUGAGACAGUCUUUAAACCUCUUUUGUUGACCACCAGCAUUACGCUUUCCAUUUUUAAGUUCGGAAUAGAGUAGUUGCUUUGGAAGAUGAUCAUCAGGCAUCCGCACAACACGUUAAAACCGUGUUUAUGGAAGACAAUCUUACUCGGCUACGAGUGAUCGCCAAAGAAGAAGAAGAGUGUUUAUUUUUCUUGGAGGUGUUGCUCAUGCCAAACUAGGCUGCCACUCAGCAGCAAUUCCCGUACCAUAGGUUUUUUUAUGUUUGUUUUUUGCCAAUGAGGCUGUUCUGUUCAGUUCAGUGUUCAAAAUUAGCCAGGCACCAGGUGCAUUUUGCACCUAGCUAUCAGACUCUUCCGACCAAGUAAAGAUGCCUGGAGUUGCAUGCCUGGGGAUGAUUGGAUCUGGACUAUUUUCACAUACUAAUACCACAUCCUGUAUAAUCCUAUCAGUUAUAUUUAAGCUGCACAAUUGGAAUCAAUUUCUGGAACCAAAAGGCAUUUUCUGCGCAGCCUGAGUAGGAGCAGUCACCAAUAAGAAAAAGAGGAAGGAAUAGGCCAAAAUAUAUGUGAACUGUCCCUGGAUCAAGGGACUUUCCUUCUUCAAGUUCUCAAAGCUCUUAACCUAGCUCAAGGUUGUCAUCUGAACUGAGAAUCAAUCACACUCAGUCCAUCAUUUGAAAAAUAAGGCUUUAGAGCUCUCUUGCCCCCAAAUGGCAGCUAGACAUCCCAUUUUGGUGACUGUAACUUUGGUUUCAGGAGCCAUUUGGCGCAUAGCUUAUAUAUCUGAGUUUCCAACACGGGUUCUGUUAAGUAAUAGCAUCUUUUCACAUGCGGAUUGGGCAACCAUUUUUGCCACAACUUUCUUUAAAUGCUUUAAUACUCCCCCCACUCCCACCUUAGCUCUGCACUUACGCUCAGUCUUGGUGGGCUGUCACACCCUGAUUUAAAAUAAACUAAAAAUGAUAGGAUAUCUUGACUAUUAUCUGAGGACUAGAUGGCAUGUUAUUGCUUUUGACUAACAAAAGUGUAGUUGGGUCAUGCACUCCCUGAUCUGUCUGUAUGAACUCUAAUUCUCAUACAAUAUAUGUAGUGUUUUACAAAUAAUAUUUCCUUUUCUUGUAUUAUGGAUUUAACUAGUAAUUUAUAUCGCGGUACCAAGAGAGAGUAAUUGAAAUCUAUACCAUAGAAUUUUGAUGACUUGAAUCUAGAGCAUGGGUUCAGAUAGAGGCUAACUAAAGCUAUGACAAAAUACUGGCCUUUCUGUUUUCAAGGCGGCUGCCUCUUUGGUUGAUUCUGUUCUAGUACAGAGUAUGACCAAAUGUGGCCUCCGGUGUCCCAGUCAAACAGCUGCCAAAGCAGCCCCAAACUCCUGUUGCUAAUACAACACAGUAACCCUUUACAUUUGGGGGCAAAUGGGGCCAGCAUUGUUCAGCUUUGUCAAAUGUCAUUUUACCAGGAUGUAAAUAAAAAAAUGGUAUCUUCUCCCAGAAAUGACAGAGGUAGGAUAAUGCAUAUAGAAAAUUUAUUUGUUAAUACUUCAGUGUAAGAGCAGAGAAAGCAGCAACAUACCUAAUGCUGUUUUACUAAACAUUUCUUCAAACUAUUUAUUUAUUUAGUAUGCAAUCAUUUCCCCAUAAAAAUCGUUUGAAGUGCACCUUAGACCAUCUGCACAAGAGUGUGGUGGUGUUGCUACAAGAUCCUUGUUCAGUAAACAUAAGUUGCCCAUGUAAAAGGACUGGUAGUGGCCUUGUUCCAUUCCUUAAAAAGCUGUACUGUGCUGAAGGUCAUGGGCAAGUCCCAGCAUAGCAGUGUCGUUUGGCCACUGUUUUGCUAUUGGUAGAGUCCUUCUGUCCAAUUCUGCGAGCCACUGUCUCAGUGCUGUGUGUACUGAUACCAUAUUGUGUCAUUAGCAUAUUAAAAUCUAUACAUUGUCCUAGUUCGACAAGCAGCAAGCCCCCACAUGGCGGUGUGGGGCUAAUGUAGGGCUGCUGCAGAGCUCAUAAGAAGGUACUAUUUGCGUUUUCUGUGCAUAAACGCCCAAAUUCCUUUAAAGUGCUGCCACCAUGGGAGUUGAGAUGACCCCUCCAGAGCACUUCCAUGAGAACCCAGUGACCUUGUGUGAGGGCUGCCACAUGUUAGACCCAUGCCACAAAAAGGAAUUUUUGUUUCUGUUUCUCAUGGAAAUGAAAUGGACCACUUUCUGUUGGUGGAAGAUACAGAUUUAUAGAAGAUUCUUGGCUAUAUGAAACCAUGUAUAUUAUCUACCAGUUAAGGUUAGUGAAAUGAAAGGAACUGCCCCAUGUUUACAGCAAAUCAUUUUGUGGCAUUAAAAUGACACCAGCUCCUUAGGGAAAUAAGUUUUUUAAAAAGUUUUUUAAAAACCCAAAUUGUGAUUUUCACUUUUUAAAUUUGGAGUGUUCAGAAACAUUGAAAUGUUAACACAGUUGUCUUCAAAUUUCUGCCUGAAAGGCAGGGAAAUAGCAAGCAGGUUGAUUUUAAAAAGUUUUUGCUUGAACAGCUACAUAGUCAAACAUUUACUCAGCUGAACUCCUGCAUAAACUAACAGCGGCAAACACUCCAAUGAAACUAACUUGGAGCAUUUGUAUUCAGAUCUUUUGUAAAUGAGCUGUUGACUCAUCAAGCUAUUUAUGUUUUAGCUAGUAACUUUUUCCUGUUUUAAAAAAAAUCUGAUAUGUGUGUGUGUUUCGUUCGAUACUCUGAUGUGGUGGCACUGCACCAAGCAACUGGGCACAAGCUCACUAAUAUAAAUAUAUAAUAGUAUGUUUAAUUGUUUUUUAACAAUUCCCCCCAUGUUUUUAUCUGUUCUUAUUUUUAUAUGUAAGCAGCCUUGUGUUCCUGUCAGGGAAAAAGGCAGGAGACAUAUAUGUUGUGUAGGCCAUAACACUGGGACACGUUGGGUAAAAAUAAUGAGUUUAAAACUUAGUAGAUUAGAUUGAGAGUGGUGGUCCGUAUAUUCUUUUCUAACUUUAUUUUCAGCUAAAUUCUCACUGCCAGAUACUCUACUGAACACAUUAUUUGAAAGCAAAUAAUAGAAUUGUAUGUAAUAAUAAUAAUAAUAAUAAUAAUAAUAAUAAUAAUAAUAAUUUAUUUAUACCCCGCCCAUCUGGCUGGGUUUCCCCAGCCACUCUGGGUGGCUUCCAACAGAAGUUUCAAGAGGUCAUUGUUUGCUGUGACCCCCCCCUCCCUAGUUCAUUGUUUUAGCCCAUCCUUAACGUUAGCUAAUGUGCUAUUUUUAAAUAUGCAUGCCAGCACGAAUUAACAUUCAAAUUUAUGCAAAGUUAUAUGGGCGUAGUAAUAUAUGUCUGUCUCAUUUGAAAAUGCAUUUGCAUGGCUACUGCCACUGGGGGGCUCUGGAGUUAACAGCGACGUCAUUGUUCCGAAUCAAUAUCAGACAGUAUCCUGGCAUUAUAGUUUCAAAAUAGCCAUAUUGGAAUUAUAUGCCUACUUAGGAAGCUGCCUAAUACCAAGUCAGACCCACUGAUCCAUCUAGCUUAGUGUUGUCUACACUGACUGGCAGUGGCUCUCCAGGGCUUCAGACAGGGAGUCCAUACAAUAUUCAGAACAGGGAAUAGAAUUCCUCCCCUCCCCACCAAUAAAAUAGAUGAAAGGAUCUUUUCUCAAAUUUUAAUUGCAAUAACUUGAGACUUAACUCCUUUUUGUGGAGAGGGAGAGGAUAUUCUGAAUCACUUCUUAUUGGGAGUGGCAACAUAUGGCCUCCAAGCUGCAAGCAGCUUCCAGUCAUUUCCUUGUCUCUUCUUAGAAUCUCACUUUUUUUCUCUUUCUUUAUUUCUUUGUUUGAUGAAAGAGUCUCGUUAGAGUGAAGGCUGAGAUUAUGAUUGAUUUGUGUAUUUAAGGUUUAGAAGCAAGAGUGCAAAGUUAGAGCUUCUAGUGUGUUUUAAAUCUAAAUGUGCGCUCUCAUUUUGAAUAUUUGAGCAUAGUAAUACUAGUUGGUGGGUGGAGAUUCAUUCUUUGAGAUAUACUGCAGGAUUUGUCUCCUGAAAAGGAAAUGAUGGGCAAAGUGCAGAGUGAAAGGUACAUGAGUGAUUUCAGCAAAGGAGGUUGAAGUGCUUUAAUGGUAAAGAUUACAAGCAAUACUAUAUGCUGGAUUCACGUCAUGUUGUCACUCAGCAUUGCUGAACUCCUGCUUCUCUUUUAAAAUUGCCCAAUUUCCUCAAAAGGGACUGCUCUAAUGUUAGCAUCCAUUGCUAGCUAGCUGCUUCCUUCUGAUUCGUGACAUAUUUUCCACAUGAAACUUCCAGAAGAGCAUGUUGCCAAAGGCGGAAUCUUGCCAACAUUGCAGGUGGUGUAGGAAUGGUUAACAAACAGAAAUAAAUGUGGUGGUAUGUUGUUGUUGUUGUUUGUUUUAAAAGCCACCAACUAUUGAAAAUUCAGUAUGAAGCCAGAGAGACAAUAAUAUGUGAUCCAUGUUGCCAUUAUUCAGAAGUCGGGAGGCUUCAAAAUGAAAUGAAAUAAUGAAUUUCAAAAUGGAGGUUAAGCAAAUAAAAAUGGGUUACCGGACAAAACAUGGCAGAGGCCUGGGUUCCACACCACCAAUUUAUCACAUGUGGGUAAGUGGGAAUCACUGGUGGUGUGGAGGUGCCAACUUCUAAACAAAACAAAACUUUGCUAUGGAAUCCCUGUACCACCCUUCCUCAUCUUGCCUGCCAAAAUCCCUUCACCAUUCCCAGUGUUUCCUCUUUGGAUCUGAGCAUCUUCCCCGGACCUUUCCACUCCCCAUCAUGUGGACUCCUCUUUGAACACCCUCUUACGUGCCAAAGUAGCUGUUUCCCCAAAUCCUGAGUGCUGCCCCAGAUUUCACUGCUAUAUUCCAAUCUCAUUCUUCAUUGCCACUGCCACCGAUUCUAUGCUUCUUUCAGUUUCACAGAAAUGCGAGCAAAUGGAACACUAUACAGUUAUUGUGGCUUGUGCUACUAAUUUGUAUCAGAAAGGGGAAAGGGUGGUGCCCUAGUGACCAUUAGUAGAUCAGCCCCUUUUAUGCUACUGAAGGCAUUGCUUCCCAUCUCAGAUGGUUCAGUAAGAUGUGGGAAGUCUGCUGUCUGCCUUUGGGAUACCAUGGGUGAGCUCCCGUUGGUCUGUCCCAGCUCCUGCCAACCUAGCAGUUUGAAAGCAUGCCAGUGCAAGUAGAUAAAUAGGUACCACUCUUGCGGGAAGGUAAACUGUGUUUCCGUGCGCUCUGGUUUCUGUCACGGUGUUCCGUUGCGCCAGAAGCGGCUUUGUCAUGCUGGCCACAUAACCCGGAAAACUAUCUGCAGACAAACGCCAGCUCCUUCAGCCUGAAAGCGAGAUGAGUGCCGCAACCCCAUAGUCACCUUUGACUGGACUUAACCGUCCAGGUGUCCUUUACCUUUUUUUUACCUUUAAUCUUCCCCAAUGUGACCGCUCUGGCUUGGGUUAAAUAGGAGUUUUAAUUCAAAACACCUGCAGGGCAUCAGGUUGUGGAAGGCCAGGCCUACAGAUUGCUUUCUGACAACCAGGAGUCCCCUUUUCCUGUUCAUUUUCAGUGUGAGCCUUGCCAAUAUAUGUUUUUAAAUAUAUAUACAUGCACAGCACAAGUGCUGAGUGAACUUUUAAUAGCCAUGUGUGAACAACUGAGCAGAUACCAUAUCUGAAGACCAUCCUGAUUUUCUUUACAAACAGCUGGGCUGCCUUUUUCAGUGCCCUUACGUGUCUUAUUGAGACCCUCUUAUGGUCUGCACUAGCUUGUUUACUGCUCCGCUAACCCAGAAAUAGUACCUCGGGUUAAGAACUUUGCUUCAGGAUGAGAACAGAAAUCGUGCUCCAGCGGCGCGGCGGCAGCAGGAGGCCCCAUUAGCUAAAGUGGUGCUUCAGGUUAAGAACAGUUUCAGGUUAAGAACAGACCUCCAGAACGAAUUAAGUACUUAACCUGAGGUACCACUGUAUAAUGUUUCAUUCACAUUAAAUAGUAGUAUGGAACCACAUCUCCUUAAAUAUCAUUGUUUGUUAGCUUUUUCUAAUCUGUUCCAAUUAGGAAGACUUUUAAAUACAUUUUGAUUCAGAAUGGCUAAUUGGUUUAGGAUUAGGGAGGUGGAGACUAUUUGUAUUUGAGUUUCAGCUAUGAGAAGCUGCUCUCUUAAAGUAACCGCUUAAAACUGAACCAAUUGCUUUUUCUUACAAAGAACUGUGGGGAAAACAUCUUUGUUGAUCAUUGCAUGGCACAAUAGAUUGUGUACUUACGUUAUAUCUUGUUACUAAGGGCCAGGGGCUGGGCAGACUGCCGCAGGUGUCAUCCACUGACAGAUCUGGGUGACUUUGACUCAUUUUUUGUGCUUAAUAGCAGUCUGAUCUCUUCAGUUGGUUCUUUCAGUACUGUAAACCAGGACUGGCCAGCCUUUGGUCUCGCAAAUGUUGAAGGUUUUUAACUCCCAUCAAUCCCAGCCUGUGGCCAGGGAUAAUGAGAGUUGUAGUCAAACAUCUGGUAGGCUUUAGGUUCCCUAAGCCUGCUGCAUUUGACCAUUUCAUGGGCCUUUACCUUCAGUCUCAUAGAGAACACUGCUGAGUAACGAUUACCAGACCUUUCUUCUGGUUGAGAUUUUGUACUUCCUUGUGGGGCAAGAGUCAGGUAGAAAAGGGCAGUUGUAUAAGAAAGGAAACGGGCAGAUCAAAACAGAAAGGAAACCUGAAAGGGAGCAGAUCCUUUGAGUAUUCCAGCUAGCAUCUGUCUGCAAAAGCCUACCAUAUUUUUAUGAUUGCAGCAAUCAGUUAGUAUUUAUUUUGAAGUAUAUCAUCAGCAAAUAGGCUCGUUUGAAGAAAUCCGUGAUUAUAAUCUGGCAUUUUUUCCUUGGCGAUUUGAAUUAACCUUGAUACUAACAGAGUAGCUAGUUUCUAUACUAAGGGAAGUGAUUAGUCACACUAAAGGAGAGACUCAACAAAAACCUGUUGCCUAAGUUUCACAUUCCAUUGGCUGUUUCCUGCUUGUUUCAUGUUUAUUUCCAUAGGUGUACAAUAAGCUGUUUGCAGAGUGCCAUGUCAGAUUGGACUGAGCUUUGCACAGUUUUAGCAGUUUACUGAGACAUUUUAAAAAUAACUAUACAUUGAGCCUUACAAUGAACUUCCAUCAGAGUACUUUUUCAUUUCAUGGGAAUGCAGCAAAAGUUGCAGUUAUUUUUUUGUUAUUGUGUGGGUACAUCAUGAAAGUAGACACCAGUGGUAAAUCCAGGUGGAUCAGGCUUUUUUUUUUUUUUUUAAGUCCUGGUCACUCACCUUAUAUCUGCUAAUGAUUGGCUUUGUUGCAAAUACAUCAGGAAGGACCAUAGCUCAUUAGCAGAGCCUAAUGCUUGCAUGUAAAAGUUUUUGGUUCAAUCCUUGCCAUCUCCAAGGAUUUCCCUUUGCCUAAGACCUGAUAGAGCUGUUGCAAGUUUGAGUAAGCUAGUCCUUCUGAACCUGGUACCCUCCAGCUAUUUUGGACUACAAUUCCUGUCAGCACCAGCCUGCAUAGCCAAUAGUCAGGGAUGAUGGGAAUUGUAGUCUAACAUGCCUGGAGGACAUCAGGUUGAGGAGGCUGGAGUAGACAAUAAUAGGCUAGGUGGUGUAUAGUCUGGGAGCUAGAGUUUAAAAAUGGGAUGAUUUCUAUCUUUCCCCCCUCAUAACCCUUGUCCCUAGUAAAAUUACCAGUCACAAUGUCCAUUAGUAAUUAGUAGCUGUCACUGAAAAACAUUUUAAUUAUGUAAAAAUAGAAGCCAAAAGUACAUAGUAUAUAUUUUAGGUCUAUGGGUGAUACCUAGGUGCUAAAUAAUCAGAUUAGGCCCCUAAUAAAGCAGCUUGGUUAUAUCAUUUACACCAAGCUACAGAGACUGAGAGAUCCCCUGUCUUUAGUUCCACCAGGUUACCUGAACUGUUUCCUCCUCAUUUCUGUAACAGCAAAAAUGUGAAGAAUUGGCACCUGAGUAUGUGUGUGUUUUCUUCCAAUCUCCUCCUCCUUUCUCUUGCGUGUCACGCUUUUCAGUUUGUAAGUCUGAAGGCGAGGACUGUGUUACUACUGAUUAUUGUAAGCUGCUCCGAGAGCCGUUUCAGUUAAAAGAGUGUGGUAAAAUGCAUUAAAUAAAAGCAAAGGGUUCUCACGACUUUCAGGUAGGCUAUUGCUAGAGAGGCCUGGCCAGUUUUCAAGGGAAAUAAAUUCUCCUUGACUACACAAACAGUGUCUCCUUAGGGAAGGGGAAGUCAGUGGACCACAUGCUUUUGUUUCUGUAGAAUCAGUCUGAAUCCUUUCUGCAUGGGGUCUCAUUUUACUGAUGUGAGGGCUUCUUGCGUGGAUGAGUGCUGCCAGGUGAAUAGUUUAUUUUGGGAAGGCUUGUUGUGAUGAAGUUUGAGAAUCUUUUCCAGUGCUCUUCGUCCCCUUUGUUCAUAUAAGUUUGGAUAGCAUGUCUUUCUAUAAUGCCAGUUGACACUUCCAUUAUGCCAAUCUAUAUAUACAAUUAUUGUUUGCUGGCAUCUUUGGGUUUUGACAGUAUAGCCAGUGUUUGCCUUUUCUUUGCUGUUCCUAUGUGUUCUACUUGGGAUCAGUGGAGAAACACCAUACCAGGUCUGUUGACCUUUAGCUUUCAGCAAGUUUACAAGAAGUAAAGUAUUAUUGCUAUGGCAAUAGCAAUAGCUGUGACCUACCAUAGCUAAAGGGACGCAGGUGGCGCUGCGGUCUAAACCACAGAGCCUAGGGCUUGACGAUCAGAGGGUUGGCUAUUCAAAUCCCCGCGACGCGGUGAGCUCCUGUUGCUCGGUCCCAGCUCCUGCCAACCUAGCAGUUCGAAAGCACGUCAAAGUGCAAGUAGAUAAAUAGGUACCGCUCCGGCGGGAAGGUAAACAGUGUUUCUGUGCGCUGCUCUGGUUUGCCAGAAGUGGCUUAGUCAUGCUGGCCACAUGACCCAGAAGCUGUACGUCGGCUCCCUCGGCCAGUAAAGCGAGAUGAGCGCCGCAACCCCAGAGUCGUCCGCGACUGGACCUAACUGUCAGGGGUCCCUUUACCUUACCAUAGCUAAGUUUGCACCUGUCUCUUUGUGAUGAAACUUCCCAGUCAGUGUACCUGCUACUAGAUUAUGGCACAACACCAUAAGUAAGCAGGCACAGUGGGGCAACUUAAGUAUGACGGCAUUUCAAAAUUUCUUCAACCCAGUUCAGAGGACCUGUGCUCUCUAGUAGUGUUAGAAACUGAGGUAUGAAAGCUAGGAGUUAAAUGGCACCUUAAACCUAGGUUAUGGGCGCAACAACAGAAUGUCUAGGUGCGCUUUUUUAUAAAGAAUACAAAGCUGAAAAUGAAUGAACUGCAGCUAAAAUCUUAUGUUCAUUUCCCACAUGGUCUAGUCCUCAUCUGAAGACUGCAGAAAACAAAGCCAUGCUUCCCUUGCCCCCCUCCCUGAUAUUCUUAAGAGGGUCUCUUCAGAGAGUGGCUGGAAAUGAGGAGGCAGAAAAAGGCCCUCCUUUCCUUCCACUGUGCAGUUUUAAUUGGAAAUCUUAGGUGCAGUACUGCGCCCAGAGCUCAGAAACUGCUCGCACUAAUGAAAUUCCCUGUUGCAAAAUGCACCUACAACAAUGGGAGUUUCGAACGCUGUUCUCAAGACCCGAACAUGCAGGGAAUAACAUUGGAGAAUGUAAUAGCAGUCCUGCUUCGUCAGAAUGUUGGCAUUGCUGAGUAACACUCUUGUGCGAUACCUCUCGAUUAAACAUUUUUUGAAAAACAAAUGCAAAUGAAAGUUGCCUCCCUCCCCAAACCAUAAACUUCCCUGUUGCCCAGCAGUGCUGAAUGAGGUGCUCUCUGGGGUAUUGUUGGAGGACGCCAGGAUGAUAUUCCUAGGGGACUUCAAUAUCCACACAGAAGAUACUGAGCCAGCUAGAGACUUCAUGGUCUCCAUGACAAUUAUGGGUCUCUCUAAAAUGCUCAUUGGUCCAACAUAACAGGCAGGACACGCCUUUGAUGUAGUCUUUUUCCCAAGUGAUAUGAGGAAUGGACUGCCCUCUGAGACUGAUGGAACCUGAUGUGUUCUCUGGGGCUUUUAUUUUUCUCUUGGUGUGUUUAAAUCAUGAUUUAUUUAUUUUUUACUUUUUGAACAAACACUGUCCCCCCUUUUCUUUACAAAAAAAUAAAUAAAUCCAAAAGUGGGUUACAAUUGCAAUAGGUUAAAUUAAUUAUUUAAUAACUGCAUUGGUUUAAAACAGUCAAACCUGCUCAAUAGGUAAUCUUCAUCUCUUGGUUUUGGCCUUAGGCAAUAUACUGUAUUGCAGUAUGCUGAUAUAAUUCUGACAUAUGCUUCGUUCUUCUAUGGGUUACUGCAUUUGGGGUAUGUGAAGCACUUUGAAGUCUCAGUAAUUUUAGUGGGAGUACCUGCUGUAGUCUUUCUGAUUGAAAAUAGUGGGACUGAAAGUACAUUAUUUUUAUCAGUAGUGGUAUUUAUUUUAUUUUAUAUCUGACACAAAUUAGAGAAAUGUAAACAAAACCUCCUCUCAGCAUAGCCAUGAAAUGUAACCUGCCCAAAGUAAGAAGAGUGAUGUUCAGCAGUUGAUUCAUUUUUCAAUCCCCAUCCACUUAAUACGAAAGGAAAAAAGUAAUGUGUGUUUUCCUAAACUGUUAAUUGUUUUCUGGCUUUUCUUUCUAACAUUCUUUUUUUGUUAUUCUUGAUUUGUAGGAGCUUGAAGAAAUCCGCAAAUGUGGAAUGAAGAACUUCCGUAAUAUCCAAGUUGAUGAAGCUAACUUAUUGACUUGGCAAGGGCUUAUUGUUCCUGUGAGUGUGAAAGCAGCUUUUUUUGGUUCCAAAAGUGCUACUGAGGUCGUUUGCACCUAGUGAUAAUAAUAAAUAAUAAUUAUUUUAUUAUUUAUACCCCGCCCAGCUAGCUGGGUUUCCCCAGCCACUCUAGGCAGCUCUCAGCAUAUAUAAGAACAUAGUAAAACAUCAAACAUUAAAAACUUCCCGAUACAGGACUGCCUUCAGGUGUCUUAUAAUAAAAGUCGGAUAGUUGUUUAUUUCCUUGACAUCUGAAGGGAGGGUGUUCCACAGGGAGGGUGCCACUACCAAGAAGGCCCUCUGCCUGAUUCCCUGUAACUUCUCGCAGUGGGGGAACCAGCAGAGGACCUUUGGAGGAGGACCUUAGUGUCCGGGCUGAACGAUGUGGGAGGAGACGCUCCUUCAGGUAUACUGGGCCAAGGCUGUUUGGGCUUUAAAGGUCAGCACCAUCACUUUGAAGUGUGCUUGGAAACGUACUGGGAGCCAAUGAAGAUCCUUUAGGACUUUUGUUAUAUGGUCCUGUCAGCCACUUCCAGUCACCAGUCUAGCUGCCAUAUUCUCGAUUAGUUGUAGUUUCUGGGUCGCCUUCAAAGGUAGCCCCACAUAGUCAGUAGUCAAAGCAGGAGAUAAUCAGAGGAUGCACCACUCGUGACAGUCUACAGGCAGGUAGGGUCUCAACUGGCGUACUAGGUGAAGCUGGUAGACCUCUGCCCUGGAAACAGAAUUGACCUGCACCUCCAUGGACAGCUGUGAGUCCAAAAUGACUCCCAGGCUGUGCACCUGAUCCUUCAAGGGCACAGUUACUCCAUUCAUGACCAGGGAGUCCCCCACACCUGCCCGCCCCCUGUGCCCCCGAAACAGUACUUCUAUCUUGUCAGGAGUCAGCCUCAAUCUGUUAGCUGCCAUCCAUCCAUCCAUCCUCCAACCACCUCCAGACACUCGCACAGGACCUUCACUUGUUCAGAUUUGAAGGAGAGGUAGAACUGGGUAUCAUCCGCAUACUGGUGAACGCCCAGUCCAAACCCCCUGAUCUCUCCCAGCAGCUUCAUAUAGAUGUUAAAAAGCAUGGGAGAGGACCGAUCCCUGAGGCACCCCACAAGUGAGAGCCCAGGGGUCUGAACACUCCCCCGCAACACCACUGUCUGGACGCAGCCCAGGAGGAAGGAGAGUGCUCCCAGCUCCCAACUCCUCUAGACGGUCGAGAAGGAUGUCAUGAUCAAUGGUGCCUGAGGCUGCUGAGAGAUCCAGUAGAACCAGGAAACAGCUUUUACCUCGGUCCCUGGCCCACCAGAGAUCAUUGACCAGCGCAACCGCAGUCUCAGUCCCAUGAUGAGGCUUGAAUCCCGAUUGAAAGGGAUCCACAUGGUCCACAUCCUCCAGGCGUGCCUGGAGUUGUUCAGCAACCACCCACUCAGUCACCUUGCCCAAGAAUGGAUGAUUUGAGACUGGGCGAUAGUUGGCCAUAUUGGCCAGGUCCAAAUAUUUUUUUUAAAAGAAGCGGUUUAAUAACCUGUCCACAUCCUCAAAGGUAACAGAUUGGAAUUGAUCCCACGCAACUUGACCAGACAGGACUCUAGCACUUUCCUGCCCUGGCCUCACUACCACAGCGGAACCUACCUCUUCCCGAAUCUGAGUGACUUUAUCUGGAAAAAAACUUUGCAGAAUCUUUGCAGGAGAUCUUGGGUUCUUCACCAGACCCCAAUGAUGAAGGUGGUUUUGUUAGAUUGCGGACCACCUAAAGAAGUCUCCUGCUGUUUCCUGUAGAUGCAAAAGAGGCGGCGAAGAAGGUCCUCUUUGCCAUUGCGUUCACCGCUUAGCAGGCUCAACGUUGAGCUCUAACCCGUGUUCGGUCCAAUUGGAUAGUUGCUUAAUGAAAGCAACAACAAAUGACUGUUCCCACUUACAAUUAGGCUGCCAAAAUGAAGAAAGCUAACCAGGAAAGGACAUGUGGGGAUGGGCGGUGAGCUCAAUCUCAUCCUGCUGCUAAAAACAUCCCUAAGCUUUGUGUAUCUUCAGAGGCACCCUGUUCUUCUGCCUGCCCAUCUUUUGCAUUGAUAAACUUGAUGUCUAGCCGCUCCUGCCUUAGAGGCAGGAUGGCUAGAAUUUUAAAGGUUAUUGAAUCUAUGAGCACACAGUUGGUAUGGAUCCAAAAGAGGGGGGAUUUUCCAAGAUGUUUUCCUUUGUGCAGUAAGCCUCCCUCCAUCCCUUGGUUUCAGUUGUGAUUUGCCAUGUGGCGUUCUCAGUCAGCAGCACAAGCACCUAAGCCUCUUGCGUGGUGCAGGGCUUUCUGAGUUCUGGCCAUUGGAUUCGCCUCCCUGAAGAGAAGAGGUGUUCCUGCGUAAUUUUUAAUCCCUCCCCUCCCAUUUUUAAAUGAUCUCAAACUGCGUUUGCCUUCUGGUUCCUUGCAGCCACUGUUUCCAUGGAUUCAUUAGUUCAUUUGUUCUUUUAACUGGUGUUGCUCUUGAAUGCAGGUUUCCUUACUGAAUUUUAAACUUCAGCUUUAGGGAAAGUUUGGUUUUUAACACAAUGUUUCAGACCAGUGAGGUGCCAAAAUGGCAGCCGGCUUUUGUGCCUAUUGAGUGCCACGCGGCCUAGGCACCCAGCUCUUUCCCUGAUGCUUUUAUUUCCUGGUAGAGAGAAUGCUGUUAUUGCAGCAGCGUCAGGGAAUGAGGCAGAGAGCAUGAGCUAGUAGUGAUCAACAGGGAGAGAAGCAGGAGGGGAGAGGAGUAGAAAGAGCCAGGAGGCAUAUAGUAAGUGAGCCAGAGGGACAGCAUGGUGUGGGUGUACUAUGAGCAGGGAGAAGGCUUGAAGUGAAGGAGGGUAGGAUGCGCUAGAGGGAUACUCAUUACACAAACCACACAUCAUAGAAUGGAAGCAUGUGGAAUUGUGCCCUUCGUUGUUGUUUUUUAACUGCAAGGGUAUUCUAUACACAAGUCGGAUUUAUGGGGUGUUGCUCCAGAAUUGGUCCUGUUCCCACUCACCGCAGAACUAGCCUUUGAAGGAAAGGGUAUUUGGGCUGUUCUGAAGCGGCACCCCAGAAAUCUGAUCUAUGGAAUAUCCUUCUUGAAGGCUUGACAGGGAGUGACUACCUUUUAGACACCAAACAAAAGCUGUUCCAAUCCCCAGGUCAUUCAGUGGAUAAUUGGCGGCUCCUCAUUGCUGCUGUUGGAUUUUUGCUGUUUUUUGUUUAUCCCUCCCAUCCUCGCUGCUAUUAUAUUUUUAUUAUGUAUUUGUAUGUUAUUGAAAAUGAGGUUUUAUCAUGGUAAGGCAGUGGGGGAAAUAAAUGUGUCCUUGGGUGGGGAGAGAGUUUCAGUGAUAGCCAGGAAGGCAAUUCUAAAAGUGGGUCAAGCUACACGUGGCGGAAUAGAGGGGCAUGGAAAUUCUCCAUUCCCACACUUAAAGCUUUCCUUGGAGGGAGGCAGCGGUGGUGUUUUUCCAGUGACAGCAAGUUGCUUUGAAAAGCCUUUCUCUUGACCCCCCUGGCCUGCAGUUCUGUUGCUGGUUUGUUUUAGCAAGCCACAGCUUUUAGAGUUCAAUACAAAUCUCCCAAGUUCCAGUUCAUUCUGCAAAGCACUGUCCUGCAUGUUGCUUCUAGUAGCCGACUUCAUCACUAGACUCCUCCUUAUCAGCCUGUGGCAUCUUUUCUGUGACACAUAACACAACUCCUGGUAUAUUGAUUUUGAAUCGUUCAUAUAUUAAUGUUUUCAUGAAGGAAAGCAUUAUAGCCAUCCAUUUUGUGGGUGAUUCCUCUGAAAUCUACCCAUCCCAUAUUGAACUGUUCUUAAUAUCUUCUCAUUCCAGGACAAUCCUCCGUACGACAAGGGUGCGUUCAGAAUCGAAAUCAACUUUCCAGCAGAGUAUCCAUUCAAACCUCCCAAGAUUACAUUUAAAACAAAGAUCUAUCACCCUAACAUCGAUGAAAAGGGGCAGGUUUGUUUGCCAGUAAUUAGUGCUGAAAACUGGAAGCCAGCCACCAAAACUGAUCAAGGUAAGACUUCCAGCAGAUGGCCAUGGUUUCUCUCAGACUAAUUUAUAUUUUUAGUGGGAAUUUAAGUAGAGUUAACUGUAAAAGGUUUUGUUUAAUGAGGGUUUUAGUUCUUAUCUACAGUGGGUGGGAUGCAGCUGCCACAAGGGAUGGCAUACAACAUCUGACCGUAAACCCACAUAAAACAUUGGCUGUACCAUGGUUACUUUGACAGCAGCAGUUCUGUAAUAAUAAUAAUUUAUUAUUUAUACCCCGCCCAUCUGGCUGGGUUUCCCCAGCCACUCUGGGUGGCUUCCAACAGAACACUAAAAUACAAUAGCCUAUUAAAUAUUAAAAGCUUCCCUAAACAGGGCUGCCUUCAGAUGUCUUCUAAAAGUAGUUAUUUUUCUGUUUGACAUCUAAUAAUAAUAAUAAUAAUAAUAAUAAUAAUAAUAAUAAUUUAUUAUAAUGUACAAACUCUUUAUUGAAAGCUGGGAGAAAGAAAAAAGGAACUGCAAAAUAAACCUGGGAAAAGGACACUAUCACUGCACAGUCAUGAGAUUAAUUCCCCAUUUUCUCAACUUAUUUCCCAACUUAUUUGGUCAGAAAUACAAGCAGACGUUGGACCCUUUUGGAUGCAAUAACACCAGCUUGCCAAAUCAUUGCUGAGCAAGCCCAGAAUGAUUGUCGGGUUUACACCCCCAUCCCUUCGUGUCCCAGCUUCAACCCAUCAGUGUUUUGGGUUGCAGUUUGGAAGUUCAACUUCUCGUGGGUUUUAAUAGCUUUGUUUAUGUGGUAUUGGUAUCACCUUUAGCGGGAGGCCAUGGGCAAUUGAAAACCUCUGCUGGUUUAAAAGUAAAAGAAACCAAUAGGCUUGGGUGUACCGAAAUACUCUUUCCUCCCCCAGCCCCGCUCUCACGCAUCAAUACUGACAUCUUCCGUGCUUUCUUUCGGCAGUAAUCCAGUCCCUCAUAGCACUGGUGAACGACCCCCAGCCCGAGCACCCACUUCGGGCCGACCUAGCCGAAGAAUACUCUAAGGACCGUAAAAAAUUCUGUAAGAACGCUGAAGAGUUUACAAAGAAAUAUGGUGAAAAGCGACCAGUGGACUAAAAAAAAAAAAACCUGACAGAGUUGAUGUCAGCCAUGUGUGAUAGAAGAUCUGGAGCAGUGCAUUUCAGACACACCACAAAGCAGGACUCUAUGGGAAAUUGACAAGUGCCACCUCUCGGUGUUAACUUGUGGCUGUUACUAACUUUCUACAGUUUCUUAAUCAAAAGUGGGCUAGGUAACCUGUAAAGAAAGGAUUAAAAAUUUAAGAUGUUCUAGUUCUGCUUUCUUUGUUUAAAAUCACUGCUUCAAUAUACUUUUAAAGGAUGCUGUUUCUCUUUUUUUUCCUUGUCAGAAUUUAUCAAAAAUAUCGUAGACUUAUAAUCUGCCCUUAAAAGUUCAAAAGGUUGUGGCUGUUAUUUCUUAUUUUCCUUACAAUUCCUUCCUCCCACAUUUAAGUUUUUCCCCUUAUCCUUCCCUCUCCUCACCCAAAAACACCCCCCACCCCAAACAAACAAAACCCCACCAUCGCACUGAUGUCUUAGCAAAAUUAUCUCUUUGUCCUGGCAAAAGAAAAGAAAAGAAAGAGUUGAAUGUUUGGCAGUUUUGCUUUCUUUAUCCCUCUUUAAAAUGUUGCACUGUGCUUUGUGGAACUUGGUCUCAAGUUUCUCUUAACUCCAGUUUGUAACAUAAUAAAAUCUACCACAUGUACUCCGUAAAAUAAUCAGAACCGAGCCUAGAUCUCGUGUAAAUUCGGCUGAUGUGACUACAAUAAUGUUUAUUAAAUGGGGAACUCCAAGCUUUGUGUGCAUGAGUGAAUUACAGUAUGACUUAAGUCCUGUUUCUGAGAAAUUUUUGAUACAGGAUUUUCUGUAGCAAAAAGGAAUAGUGGGAUGUGAUGAUUUUUUUUUUUUUAGAUUUUUUUUACACUUCUAUUCUUAGUAUCUAUGCAGACUAUUAGAAGAUUUAAUUAUUCGGAACAGCAUUGCAAUGGGGAAAUUUGCAAAUUAGGGACCAAGAGGUACCAAAAUGGAGGGGAGGAAAAACAAAGCCAACCCCCGCUUUUUCGGGAGGGUUACAGAAGUAGAACGUCAUGCAGUGUUAAUUUCAGAAAAUAAAUUGCAAGUCAUUGAACACAGUUUCCAUCUAAUUACCCCUCUCCUGUGGAAUUUACCUUCCUGUAAUGAUGGAUUGUCUGAUUGUUACUGGAAACACAAGAAAUUUCUGUUCAGCAGUAAGUGGCCAGGGCAUACAUACUGCCAUUCAUAAAAUUCUUACGCAAAAUUCGCCGUCCUAAAAUUGAGCUGUAAUCAUUUUCAGGGGUCAGCCAAACCUAAAUGUAUUUCUUUCUUUCUUUUAAUCCCAGGCAUUUCUUCUCAAGUAAGGUGAAGUUCUACCCCUUUAUAACUUGAAACAACACCCUUCCGGUUUCAUUUUUAGUGUUUUAAAGUUUAGGAUACCCUAAGAUGCAAUCUAGCCAUGUGACCAAAAGUGGCUUCUGAGCUGCUGAGUUUUAAACGCCUGGUUCGAGUGAGCAUUUCGACCCCCAUCCCUGUGGAAACUUAGUAGAGCGCAAGUAGAACAUAUCAUAUUCUAUUUUGCAGGAACUUGCAUUAGUAAACCUUUCCAUGCCCAGGUGGGUAAUUGUAAGGAGUUUGGAAGUAGGGCUUUGCCUUUGCUACAUUUUAGGGCUAACGUACGUCAGGGGAGCAGUAGAGUAACCUUUUGGAUUUUUAAUGUUUUGUGUAUACCCCUCUCUCCCCUCCUCCUCCCCCGCUCCCAACUUUUGAUUUCAAACCGUAAAAGAUUGACAGCCAAGUACCUCUCUGUUGAAAAGUAAAAAAAAAACAAAAAAAAGUUUUUUCUUUUAUAAGUUGGGAUAUGAAGCAUCUCUGUUUUAAGUGUUCUUAGACAAAUUCUUUGGUAGGCGAUUAAAGUAAAACAAAAAACAAAAAAAACUACCUUUUACUUAAUGGACACUUGCAUUUCCUUAAGUGUGUGUGUUCAGGCUUGGUGACCAGCACUGUCUAUUUACCAAAAUUUCCACAAUUUUUUUGUGUCUUCAUUUGCAGAAAGUUGGUACUGACUUUGUUUCAUUCACGCUCACGCAGAUUCAAAAUAAACAAAAAAAAUGCCAAAUUUCAUCUGUCAAGCUGAAGUGUAUGUAAAUCCUGCAUCGCCAGCGCUUCUCACUUGAGCCCCGUUGGGUUUUCACUGCCAGUCGCAUCCGUUAGCAUGGUUAGCCCCCUAGUUCCGUACACGCACAGCUCUCAUGUUAUCCGUCACUCUUGUUAACGUUGCUAGUGAGAAUAUAUAGCUUUUCAAUUGUAAACUUCUCAGGUCAAAACUGCCUAUAUGUGAACUGGUGCUCUCUGAAAAGGGCCUGUGUUCAAGGAGCCACUGUUGAGAAUCCCCACCUUUGUGCUGCUCUGGUGUUGCUUCCUAUUACACCUAGGAAUGGAGGCAUGCCUGUUUUUGACCUCUCGUCUUGAGAUCAGGCAAUGUAUAACAGUUCUUCGUUUGAGAGGCUAGUUCGCAUGCUAGAAAUGGAUCUGUCCUGAGAGAUGCAUUGGUGCAGAGAAUGUUAACACACGACCCAGAACCUCUGCAGGCGCAGACAUUGUCUUACGACAGCAGUUUCUGUAGGCACGGCGAUGCACAUUUUACUUUAGGUUCCCCAGUUACGGAAAUGGUCUCUGCCAAUUCCAUUCAGCGACUUGCUCUCUCGGCAAGGCUUUCCACUCUCCCCCUAGAACAGCUGGGCCGCAUCUGAUGGAAGAAAAUUCAAAACACGCGAGAACCGGAAGGCUUCAGAUCCUGCUGCUACUUCUUUAGUUACAAGAUUAUCCCCCUUGCCUUCAGCUGUGCCUCUCUAAAGAUCCCACAAACUCCUGCCAAUCAGCAAGGAAGAGUUUUUGUAGGUGCAUAAAGCGGAUGGUCAGGUGGGCUUCUUGCAAAGGGGUGUCCCAUUUAAACUAGUUCUCUUAAGAGGAGGGCCUCAGUGGCUAAGGCCAAUUCUUGCAGCACUGCACGCAGUCCAGAGAUUCUUCCCUUCCCACUCGACCCCAGUCCCUGAAAGCUGAGAAAUAGUCUUCUUACUCCUGGAUAUUAAGAGGUUCAUAAGGACAGGAGUUAGAGGGAAGUGGGAGCCUGCAAAUCCAAGGCCCAUUUCUUUUACACACAGUUGUGGGGUGGGGGUUGCACCGGCCAACAAGACUGCUCCGCAUACACUGUAGAGCAGUGUAAUUUGAGGCAUGCAUGAAAGAAGAGUACAAUGGCAAUGCAAUGUCAACUCAGGCGUUCACACUUUUUUCUUAUGGUUCUGUCUGGUUCUUCAAACAAAGCUGAAUUCUAAACUUGUCGUUUUGAGAUCCAAGUCUACACCACCUUUUCUUGUAUUGGUCUAGGCUUUCUUGCAAUUCCAUUCUGCUACCCUGAAUAAAAAUGCUCUCAAAGGCUUUGUGGCAUGGCUUA